UUUAAGAGGCAUCAUUUUUUUCGUUCGUUCUAAAGCCCCGAGAAAGCAGAGCUGUUAAACCCUGAACCUCGAAAAUUGUUGAAGAAUCAACAAAGAUGGACAAGACCAUGCUGGCAGACUUGGACUCUCUUCCUGAAGAAGAUAAGGCACGAAUGUCUACCAUGAUCGACCAGCUUCAGAUCCGCGACAGUCUUAGGAUGUAUAAUUCAUUGGUGGAGAGAUGUUUUACGGACUGUGUGGACACCUUCCAGCGCAAAUCCCUGACCAAGCAAGAGGAGACUUGUGUGCGUAGGUGUGCUGAGAAGUUCUUAAAGCACUCUAUGCGUGUUGGCAUGAGAUUUGCGGAGCUAAACCAAGGAGCGGCUACAACAGAUUAAGGCGUUUCUUAAUAAGUCGGUGCAUGGAACUCUUGUAACACACAUAUAUGGUUUUAUUACAAGUUCGAUUCUUUUAGUCUUGGAACUAGAAAUACGUUCUAUGUGUUAAUUCUUCAUGACAAGAAGACUGAUUUGUUCGUUUAUCCCUCACUCAGUUUUGCAAUCAACAGGAUAUAAAUGGAUUUGAUAUAUAUAUUUUA